AUGGCCGCGCGCGGCGGCGGGGGCCAGCACCCCGGCGCGCGCCGCGCAGCAGGCAGCGGCACCAACGACACCGAGCAGGGCGCAGCGGCGCCGGCGCCGCGCGUCGAUUUGAAUGCGUCAGAUCACGCUGACGAGGACGAGCCAGACCCCCUAGACCGGCUUUUAGAUGAGUACUCCGCCCAGGCGACCGCCGAGGCCGCCGCCUCCCUCUCGCGCCAACAGCAGCGCGAGCGGCGCGCCGCGCCGCGGCCCGCGGCGGCGCGGCGGGAGGAGGCGCUGGCGGCGCCGCUGGCGGCGAGCAACAAGGGGUUCGCUCUGAUGGCCAAGAUGGGAUUCGAACCUGGGCGGGGGCUCGGCAGAGAUAAGCAGGGGCGGUCGGACCCGCUGCCUCUCGUGCUCAAGAGCGGCCGCGCGGGGCUGGGGAUCGAGGAAUCGAAGCAGCAGCGCAAGCGCGAGGCGGAGCGGCGCGCGCUAGAGGCGGCCGCCAAGCGUCAGCGCCACGUCAGCGCCAUGCAGAGCGGCUUCAAGGGCGCCCGGGCCGACGCCUACGCGGCCCGCAAGCUGCGCCACGCCGCCGCGCGCGCCGCGGCGGCGUGCGCGUCGCUCGACGAGCGCGCGGGUGUGGCGGGAAACCCGCUGAUCGACGGCGUCGGCGGCGGCGGCGCCGGCGGGGGCGCAGGGAGCGGUGGCGCCGCGGGCGCGGCGGAGGACGAGGAGGGAGGGGAAUGGGAGCUGCUGCCCGGCGCUGGCUGCUGCGGCGUCGGCGGCGGCGGCCGGGCGGCGCGGCUUGAGCGCGGGGAGGAGGCGGCGGCAGAGGGGGAGGCGGGGGCGGGGGUUGGGGAUGGAGACGGCACAGCGGCGGUGACGCUCGGUGAUCUGAGCGUGGAUGAGGUGAGGGCGCGGCUGGCCGCGUUGGUGGACUACCUGCGGUCGCGCUACUUCUACUGUGUUUUCUGCGGGGCUGAGUAUGAGGACGAGGAGGACCUGGCGAGAAGCUGCCCGGGGCCGGGGGAGGAGGACCACGAUGACUGA